CAACCCGACUCGACCGCAAGACGACAAGAUCCAUACUCCCAUUCAAGAUCAAUUACAACUCACCUCCGUCGAAGCCUCAGUCUCAAACCAUACAAGCAACAUAAACAAUAAUGUCCACCCCCAACGAAACCCCCACCUCCACCACCAGCACCUCCCCCGCAGCCGACAAUACCGCAGCGGACAACCCGGCACCAAACUCCCCCCAAACCACCAAUCCCCUCCUCGGCGCCUCCAACCCGCUGGUCUCAGACCUAGAACAAGAAGUCCUAGAUGAAUAUGCCCGACUCCUCGGGAACGUGAACACGCUCUCCGAAACCCUCGAAACCCUAGCAGGCUCCCCCUCCUCCCUCACCCUCGACGGCCUCCGCCACCUCGAACGGAAGACCGCUACCGUGUGCACGUUGCUCAAGGCUAGUGUGUAUAGUAUUGUGUUGCAGCAGCAGAUGAUUAAUGAGAGUGAGGGUCAGGGGCAUCAGGGGCAUCAGGGGUAUGAUCAGGAGCAGGAGCAGACUCAGGAGUUUUAUCGCGGGGAGCAGGGUCCGGGGUUUGAGGGGACGAUGGGGAUUGGGUAUGGGCAUGGGGAUGGGGGAUUCUAUGGGGGGGAGAGUUUUCUUUGA